CUUGGGGAUAUCCAGGAAGCUGAAAAAGAAUGCAAAAUUUACUGGAGAUACUUAAGAAAUGACAAGCUAGGGAAAUCCUACGGACAAACAUCUUGGAAUCAGUGUAAAGAAGUAUUCCUUUUUACUGCAGAAGGUAAUGUGAAUAUGAAAGAAGCAGAAAUACACCACAGUGUUCAGAUCCAUGAAAAAUAUUGCAGUGGAGAGAAAUCCUAUGUAUGUCAGCAGUGUGGAAAAGGGUUCACCAAAUCUGGACUUUUUAAGCAACAUGAAAUAAUUCACACUGGAGUGAAACCAUAUGUAUGUAAGAAAUGUGGGAAAGCUUUUAACAGACGGGCAAAUUGUAAAAUACAUGAAAGCAUUCACACUGGAGAGAAACCCUAUGUAUGUAAGCAAUGUGGGAAAGCUUUUAACACACAGGGAUAUUUUAAGAAACAUGAAAGAAUUCACUCUGGAGAGAAACCCUAUGUAUGUAAGCAUUGUGGGAAAGCUUUUACCCGACAUGGACCUUGUAAGGAACAUGAAAGAAUUCACACUGGUGAGAAACCAUAUGUAUGUAAGCAUUGUGGGAAAGCUUUUACCCGACAUGGACCUUGUAAGGAACAUGAAAGAAUUCACACUGGCGAGAAACCAUAUGUAUGUAAGCAAUGUGGGAAAGCUUUUAACACACGGCGAGAUUGUAAAAUACAUGAAAGAAUUCACAGUGGAGAGAAACCCUAUGUAUGUAAGCAAUGUGGGAAAGCUUUUAACAGACAGGGAGCUUUUAAAAAACAUGAAAGAAUUCACACUGGAGAGAAACCCUAUGUAUGUGAGCAAUGUGGGAAAGCUUUUAACACACGGGCAGAUUGUAAGACACAUGAAAGAAUUCACACUGGAGAGAAACCGUAUGUAUGUGAGCAAUGUGGGAAAGCUUUUAAAACACGUGCAUAUUAUAAGAUUCAUAUAAGAAUUCACACUGGAGGGAGACCAUAUGUAUGUAAGCAAUGUGGGAAAGCUUUUACCACACAAGGACAUUGUAAGGCACAUGAAAUAAUUCACACUGGAGUGAAACCAUAUGUAUGUAAGCAAUGUGGGAAAGCUUUUAACACACGGCGAGAUUGUAAAAUACAUGAAAGAAUUCACACUGGAGAGAAACCCUAUGUAUGUAAGCAAUGUGGGAAAGCUUUUAACACACAGGGAUAUUUUAAGAAACAUGAAAGAAUUCACACUGGAGAGAAACCAUUAUAUGUAAGCAAUGUGGGAAAGCUUUUACCCAACAUGGACAUUGUAAGCAACAUGAAAGUUCACACUCAAGAUAAAACCAGGGUAUAUAAGCAACAUGAGAACUUUUUUGAGCACAAGUACAUAUUGCAUAAUGCAUGAAAAACUUCACACUGGGCAGAAAACUUAUAUAUGCAUUGAAUGUGGGAAAGUUUCAGCAGAAAUGCUCAUUGUCCAAUACAUGAAAAAUUUUACACUGUUGAGAAACCCUGUUUAUGUGAAGACUGUGGGAAAGCUUUCACCACACAUGGAUUUUGUAAAAUACAUCAAUGACUCCACACUGGUGAGAAACCCUAUGCAUAUAACAAUGUGGCAAAGCUUUUAACACAUACAGUCAUUGCAAAACAUAUGAAAGAAUUCACACUGGGAUGGCUACAUAAGCAAGUGGACAUACUUUCAGCAGCCAGAUUGUAAGUGAAAUACAUGAAGAAACUCACACAAGAGAUAAAUCCUAUGUGUUAUGGGAAUACUCUCAGCACACAUGAUCAUUGUUACAUAUCUGAAAGAGCUCACUGGAUCCUAUGUGUAUUAACAGUGUGAGAAAUACGGCAAUCCAUGUUUAUUGUUAAAUACAUAGAAGAAGCAGCACUCUUCAGACAGUUUAGAUCCAAAUUUACUUUAAAAAUUCCAAGUAAACCUGAAGAAAUAAUCAAUACAGAAGUUUCAUGUCAAUAUUUCUUCACAAAUUUUCCAGAAACGACAUAUCUGAAGUGGGGCUCUACUCAAGUACACAUUUUGUAUGGUUUUCAGUUAAUCACUUAUACCUCUUUAGAUUUUUUAAUGUGUCUUUGUGCUUCAACAUGGCAUCUUGUAAUUAAACAUAGUAAACUGAAAUGGGU